AUGUCUUUCCGUAUUUCGACCGCGCGGCUCCUGCGACCGCGUCUCUGCAUGUCAUAUGCUCCGCGGCAUCAAUAUCUAUCUCCGACACUCUCAGCAUAUGCAAAGCUCCUCUCAACGCUGCCUGAUAUCCCCAUAUUCCGCGCCUUGAAGGACCACGACCCCUCCAGCUUAGCAGUGGUUCACAGCGUAUCAAAAAGAUCCUUCACAUAUGGAAACCUCAUUGCCGACGUACUGCGCGCCAAGGAUGAUAUCGAGCGCAAGAGCUCCAAGACGGGUGAACUGGCCGGCGAACGAGUUGCGUUCUUAGCAGAAAAUAGCUAUGACUACGUAGUAACUCUUCUGGCUAUAUUUGCCAGCGAUGCUAUUGCAUUGCCAUUGUCUCCUGGAUUCCCGAUCAGUGAACUCCAGUAUGUCAUGGAUAACUCACAGGCGAAAAUGCUGUUGGCUACGGAGAAAUAUGCCGACAAGGCACAACAAAUAUUAGAAGCGGGCUUGGAUCACGAUCCGUUAUUCGACAUCAGGCAAAAGAUCGAGACAGGCGCAGGCACCGAGUCCAUUCAAUUAGAUAGUCUCAAGCAGCCCUCAUCCGGUGGAAUGAUGCUGUAUACCUCAGGAACAACCAACCGACCAAAAGGCGUUUUAAUUCCAGAGUCUGCACUCGCCGCACAAGCAUCCUCACUCCUCCAAGCAUGGAACUACUCCCCACAAGACCGUCUCCUUCACCUACUACCCCUCCACCACAUCCACGGCGUAGUAAACGCAAUAAUAACUCCAAUAUUCGCCGGUUCCUCUAUGGAAUUCAUGUACCCCUUCAACGCAUCCCAAGUCUGGAAACGCCUCGCAUCACCAUUCCUCCCCGAAAAAGAGAAAACAACACCCCACGAUAAAAUAACCUUCUUAACCGCCGUCCCAACAAUCUACAACAGCCUAAUGAGUGGCUUUUCAUCCCUAACCCCGGAAAUUCAAUCCGCAGCGAAAGAAGGUAUAUCGCCAGAACACCUCCGCCUCAACAUAUCAGGCUCAGCCGCACUACCAACACCCACAAAAGAGAAAUGGACCGCAUUAAGCGGCGGCAAUGUCCUUUUGGAACGAUUCGGUAUGACAGAAGUUGGUAUGGCAAUUAGUUGUGGGCUUGAUCCUACAGAUCGAGUUGAUGGUAGCGUUGGAUGGCCGUUACCGGGUGUAGAGGCGCGUCUGGUUGAUACGGAGACAGAUGCUAUUAUACCAGUGGACCAAGAGACCGGUUCUAAUGGGCGACCACUUGAAGGCGAGAUUCAAUUACGAGGGGAUACGAUAUUCCGGGAGUACUGGGGGAAUGAGAAAGCGACAACAGAGAGUUUUGUAGAAGACAAAGAUGGAGGGAAGCCGUGGUUCAAGACAGGCGAUGUAGCUAGUCGACGAAUUGUCGACGGAGCAGGCAAGGGAAUGAGUGGGAAGUGGGCUAGUGGACCGAUGUAUUUCAUUCAAGGGAGGAAGAGCACUGAUAUAAUCAAAACUGGAGGAGAGAAAGUGAGUGCGUUGGAGGUGGAGAGGGAAUUACUUUCUCUACCCCAAAUCGCCGAAGCUGCUGUCGUCGGUAUCCCAUCCGAGCAAUGGGGCCAAAAAGUCGCUGUUGUAUUGAUUCUCAACCCAGACGCUGCGACAAGUGGCCGAAAUGGCAAAUCAUGGGGUCCCAUGGAUAUGCGCCGUGCGUUGAAAGAUCGACUGGCCGGGUAUAAGAUACCACAUGAAAUGAAGAUUUUGGACAGUAUUCCGCGGAAUGCAAUGGGGAAGGUCAACAAAAAAGCACUUGUUAAACAGGUUUUUGGUGUUUAA